CGUACGUCAAGGACGUGGCGCCGUAGUGACGUUGGUGAAAAUGCGUGACGCUCGUUCUCUGUUCGUCUGCUGGACGGUAAUGGCGGCGUGCCGGGGAUCAUCGUCCAAAUGGUUUUUUACCCGGGAACAGCUCGAAAACACCCCGUCUCGCCGCUGCGGAGUGGAGCCAGACAGAGAGCUGUCGUAUCGACAGCAAGCCGCGAAUCUUAUUCAGGACAUGGGCCAGAGACUUAAUGUUUCUCAACUCACAAUAAAUACUGCCAUUGCUUACAUGCACAGAUUUUAUAUGUACCACUCUUUCUCCAAAUUCCACAGAAAUACCACCUCCCCAACAGCAUUAUUUCUGGCUGCAAAAGUUGAAGAGCAACCACGGAAACUCGAACAUGUCAUUAAAGUAGCUCAUGCGUGUUUAAACCCCCAGGAGCCUCCACUGGAUACAAAGAGUAAUGCAUACCUCCAGCAAGCUCAAGAGCUGGUGAUACUUGAAACCAUAGUGCUGCAGACUUUAGGCUUUGAAAUAACAAUUGAACAUCCACACACUGAUGUGGUGAAAUGUUCCCAGCUAGUGCGAGCAAGCAAGGAUCUGGCACAGACUUCCUAUUUCAUGGCUACCAACAGUCUGCACCUCACCACCUUCUGCUUGCAGUACAAGCCCACAGUUAUCGCCUGCGUCUGCAUUCACCUGGCCUGCAAGUGGUCCAACUGGGAGAUCCCUGUUUCCACCGAUGGAAAGCACUGGUGGGAGUAUGUGGACAGCUCAGUUACACUUGAACUUCUUGAUGAACUGACCCACGAGUUUCUGCAAAUAUUAGAGAAGACACCCAGCAGGUUGAAGAGGAUUCGUAACUGGAGGGCUACGCAAGCUGCUAAGAAGCCCAAAUCAGAUGGUCAGGCCUCAGACAGCAGCUCUUUAGCGGGACCUUCAUUAACCCAGGACAUGUCCUUGAUGGAUGCCCUUCCUGGGGUUUCUACAAAUACAGCUUUCUCCAAAGCCUCCACGUCUUUCCCAGUGACCCUGCCAAGCAACUCAAGCAGCAGUCUUUCUCUUGAUUCCAUUGCCAACAUGCAGGGAACUUCAUACACGUACACCGCCCCCAGUGACUGGCCUCAGGACCAAGUACACUCAGACCAGUAUUCUGUCAAACAACUUCCCCCACACAGUUCUAUGCACCCACACCGGCCUGACAAAUGUGCAGAGUUAAACCCUGCCAAACACGAACAUAAGGCCAGUGGUGGGGCGAAGCACCAGGCCGCGACCUAUCCACCACCUGCAGCACCCACACAGAAGAUGUCUCUGGACAAGUACAGGGAGAAACACGCUGGUGAGAUGGCAGUGCAGAAACGCAGGCAAGAGCAGCAGAACGUGGAGACUGAGGUCUAUGGUGCUCCAACACAGACGGAUCACCGGAAACACCUGCCCCAACUCAAGGACAAGCUCCAGGACAAACGCGAGAAAGGGAGCUCUUUAAAACUGCGUCUUCCGGUUCCCUCCCAGAGCGAAAAGGAGGGAUCAAGUAAGGAGGAGCUAAACAUGAAAAUAAAGGUGUCCUCUGAGCGACACAGCUCCUCUGACGAGGGUGCUGCAAAGAGCAAACAUUUCAGCCCGCUUGUGAGCAAGGAGAAACACAGAGACCACUCAGCCCAUCGUCACCAUCACAAACACGGCCACUCACACACGCACACGCAUAGCGGCAACGGCAGGAGCAGCCUUGAGGUACCCGCAUCUGGUUCGGCCCUUCGGAGCCCAGUAGGUUCCAGUGGUGAUGGCACAAGCUCUGCUUCCAGUUCCUCACGUAAGAGGGUGAACCCCGACGGCAGCCACAAUCACCACUCUAAAAAGAACAAAAGCUCCAAAGGCGGUGCAGGUGGGCUACGGACAUCUCAGCACCCUAGUGAAACUGGACAGGAAACCAGUGGAGAGCCAUGGCCCUGAGGGCUCCUGCCUAGCUAAUGGCCAACACACAGACUACAGAUACUUUUGACAUGCUUGAUUCGCUAUUAAGUGCCCAAGGAAUGGACUCCUGAACUGAUAGGAAAGAGGAUAAAAUAUAAGAGAAAGUCAAGCAUAGAUUUCAUUAUUAGAAUGAGGAAAAAAACAGGAAUGUGAAGAGUAAGAGAAAGAAAAUAAAAAUGCUUCCCGAUCUUCUGGCAGUUCGGUUCAGUCUCGCCAUCUCUGUAUAACUGCUGCUUUCCUCAGUAUUCCUUCACGAGCAGUCUGUAUGUAUGCGUGAGCCAGUAUACGAAUGUCAGGGCCAUUAUAGUAAAAAAAAAAAAAAAAACUUUUCAUGAUAAAAGCAUAAUGAGUGAUGAAUGUUUUUGCCACAAUGAAAAUUUGUAAGACUGAAAGUACCCUCUAAAAUGACUGACGCUCCUCUCAUUUGUUAAACAAAGUUAGUAGAAAGAAUGCAGAAUCAAGAUUUAAGUUCCAUAGUUCCUUGAAUGUUUCUUUGUUUCCUUUCCCCUCAUCUGAUACCUUCUAUAUGAACUGCAUGUUUAUAAUGAAAGGGACGAGAUAGUUGUUUACAGAUUGUGAAGAAAAAUUUACAUACAUUCUCGUAUGUUAAAAGCUGUACCAUAACUUCUCAGGUUUGGAGCUGCUUGUGUAUAUAUAUAUAUAUAUAUAGGGGUAGGGGGGAUUUUGUGACUCAGUGUUAGAAUCUAUCAUUGGCAUCUCUAGCGCAGCCUUCCAGUGCUAUCAGGAGAGGGUGAACUAGCAGGCAAUCCACACCCUGCCAAUUACCUGGCAUGUUGUCAGAGGCCAUGCAAUUUGUACCUUUUUUGACCUGCAAGAUGACCUUAAGCUGGAUGCCAAAGGCUGUGCCUCAAAAAGUAUAGUUCUAUAAAGUUUACAUAACCUUCGCUGUGAAGUGCAUUUUAUAUAUUUCUUGGCUUGAAGCAGUAGCCUAUUUGUGCAACUCUGUAAGUCAGUCAAAAAUGACCAGAAAUAUAGGUGGGUAAAAGGAGAUUGAGUUCAUUAUCACAGUGCUGACCCAAAGAGAUCUGGGCUUUCACAGGCCCUCAACAUUAUUUCUGAAUAUGGAUGAAUGGUUUUGAUCAUUUGAUUUUGAUUCUUUUUAGUGUGAAGCUAUUGGUAAAUGAGGCCAGCAUUGUACACACCAUGAUUUUACUUUGGAUCACUGAAUUGCAGUUGGAUAAGGCAAGUGCAAACUCUGGCUUUUUUUUUUUUUU